GUUGCUACUAUAGAUACAAAAUGGCUACCCAAGCUUAUGUACAAUCAUAGCUGUUCCAUAUCAUAGUGAUAGUCCAUACGACUACGUUUUCACCUCUGGGAUUAUUUAAUAGAUUAAUAUAGUCUAGAUCUAUUCUAAGAAACACGAUAGGGCUGAACAUAUUAUUUGCAUUUUAAAAUUACAAUAAAUAGAAACAGAAAGAAGCUCAUUUAGAAAAGUCCUAAAUAUAUUUAAAAAUGAGCGAUUCUAACCUCAAUGAUAUAGUUACACAUAGAUCUACCAAUGCCACCUCUUCUCAAUACUCAGAAGAAGACAAAGCCUCAAGGAAAUCACACUCGUCAAGUUCAAAGAAGAAAUAUAGUUCUGCUCUUAACUUAGUGAAUCCAUUUAAAAUGCCACCAGACAGUGACAUCUUCUUGCUCAGAGAUAAAGAAAAACAGAAAAAGCUUAAGGAAAAAUUGCGCCAGAGAGAGUUAAAAGUUCAUGAAAAAACAACAUACACCUCAAGAAUAUGUUUCCGCCCUGCAUCUAUGAUUCAGCCCCCAGAAACAGAUUCAGAGGAUGAAGAAGAUGCUGAUAAGACUGUGGCUGUUAAAGAUGAUCCACAGUUCACAAUAGCAAUAACCAGAGAUCGCCAUGUUGAAAAAGAGUCUCUGUCAGAAUAUAUUGCCAAAAAGCGUGAAAUGUUCCUUGUACAGUAUUCACUUGGAGUUAAGAGAGAUGAAAUGAGAAAGUUAGAAGAAAUAGCACAGGCAGAAGAGAAAAAGUUGGAGUUAGCUGAACAGUAUUUGGAAGAAGAUGCAGCAAUGUUUGAUGAAUUUCUGAAAGAAAAUGACAAAAAUUCAGUGGAAGCCAUCAAAAUAGCUGAAACAGAAGCAAAGUUGAAGAUGGAAAAAGUAAAUGAAAUCAAACGUAUCAAUGCCCAAAUGAUGGCUAUCAAGUCAGAAAUUUCUAAAUAUGAAGACACUUUAAAAGAAUACCAACUGUACAGUAACUUCUUAGAAUCUUUAAUUCCUACAGAUAUACAAGAAGCAAGAAUAAAAGAAAAAUUAAAAAAAAAAGAAGAAAAAUUGAAAGAAAAAGAAAAGACUCAGAAUGUGCGCUGGCAAACUCAUAAAUCUGACUCAUCCCCUGAACAAAACACUUUGUCUCCACCCAGUGGGAGAUUGAAACUAUUCAAUAAAGGAAUGGAGAAAAAAAAGUCUACUGACAAAGAUGUGACUGAUUCAAUGCAAAAUGAAUUAAUGAAAGAUUUGGCUCAUAUGGCUGCAGAAAACAAAAAAUUAGAUGAAAUGGAGGAGACGGCUCUAAAUAUGAAUGAUAUUGAAGAUAGUGAUGAGGAACUAGACUUGUACUUCACAGACCCACAGCAACUCUUAGAGAUAUUUGCUGAGCUUGAGGAGCAAAAUUUGUCUUUGAUACAAAACAGUCAAGAGACGGAAGAGGCAUUGGAAGAGAUGAAACAUACAAUCAAAGCUACCAAAAUAAAAAUGGAAACAGAGACAAAAACUCUUAAAGAACAAAUAGACAGACUACAGGCAGAGAUUCAGAAAGAGGAAGCUAAAGCUGCAGACUUAAAAAUUAAAGCCAAGAUGUUCAACUAUGGUGAAUUCAAAGCUGAUGAUGACCAAGAACAAAGGCUGGCAGAAUUAAACAAAAAAGUGGAAGAAGUUUAUAGAAGUUGUAUAGGUGACAAUGAGGCAAAUAUUAGUACCCUCCAAAUGUUGACGAAUAUAGAGAACAGACUAGAAGAGUUAUUUGAGACUAUUGAAACCAUGCCACAAGACAAAGUAGAAGCUGCAGAGAAAGCCAAAGAUAAAGAAAGGAGGCAGAAGAUGAGGGAAGAGAAACUGGAACUUUUACGGCUACAUCAAGAAGAAAGAGUUAAAAAGGCUUUGGAAAGAGCUCAAGCAGAACCUAAAAAGAAGACUGGCAAGAGACUAGUGUUCAGAUCAGAACCUCCCAUGUUAAAAAAGAAAGAGGAUGAAGGGGCAGAUCAGACAUCCAAAGAGGAAGAGGAACUGAUGUAUUAUUUUUCAUGGUAGUGUGCUUAGAAAGUUGAGUUCUUUAACAUAGUUUGAGGCCAUACAAGAAAUGUUCACAGUUGGCCACAAAUGUGUUUCUAUUAAACAGGACACAACAUGCUAUGCAACAGUAAAGAGUUCUGGUGUGGGACUAGUGUUUUUUUUUUUUUGCACAAUAUAAACUCUGAUAAAAAGUAUAUUUCUUAUAUAAUGUGUAAAUAGUGCAGUCUAUAUCGGGCUGACAUUUGUACAGCCAUAUGCUAUGUAUGGGCCACAAAUGUGUUUCUAUUAAACAGGACACAACAUGCUAUGCAACAGUAAAGAGUUCUGGUGUGGGACUAGUGUUUUUUUUUUUUUGCACAAUAUAAACUCUGAUAAAAAGUAUAUUUCUUAUAAUGUGUAAAUAGUGCAGUCUAUAUCGGGCUGACAUUUGUACAGCCAUAUGCUAUGUAUGGGCGUUAUAUUUUUUCUAUCAAUUUAAAAUAAACUAUGGAAAACAAAUAUUCAGGUUUGAUGUUUUAAUACUGGAGUUGAGAAAUUCAUUAAAAAAAAAAGCUCUGAAGGAUAAGUUUGAACCAAGGAUUCAAUGAUCUGUGAAUGUCCUAGGGUUAAACUCCACAACAUAUGUCAAUGUUUCACCGAAUGUAAACAAGCAGGCUUUCUCUUCAUGAUGAUUGUCUUCCUAGAAGUUUAUCUAGCUUAAUGGAAUUGAGAGAGAGAUGAUUUUGUUAACUUGUACCAGACUUGUGUACACCUGUGAUAACAAUAAAUUAUAACCAAUGAA